CUUCUCUGUGCGUUUCUAAUGCUUUUCCUACAUUUGAAAUCAGCCCUUGCAUUCACUUCAGGCCUUGGAGAUGACAGUGUUAAGUGCAUAGAGAAGGAGAGAGAAGCCCUCCUUGAGUUCAAAAAAGGCUUUGCUGAAGGCUACCAGGGCAAGCUCUCUUCUUGGGGGAAUGAAGAUGAAAAGAAUUGCUGCAAUUGGGACGGAAUUUACUGCAACAAUCAAACAGGCACUCAAAUCCAGAUCGCUAACCCUCUUGGAUUCAUUGGUAAUCUUGCACUUUGUGGUCCUCCACUUACUCCUAAGUGUCCUGGAGAUGCGAAACCAAAUGUUGAGUCACCUAAAGGUGGUAGUAAAAACUAUCAAGAAGAUGAAGAUGAAUUCCUGAAUUGUCUUUAUAUUGGUAUGGGGCUUGGAUUCAUAGUAGGUUUUUGGGGAGUUUGUGGCUCUUUAAUGUUGAACCGUUCCUGGAGACAUCUAUAUUUCCAGACAAUAAGCAACUUGAAUGAUUGGCUCCAAGUGGCAAUGAUAGUGAAUAUUGCAAGAAUGCAAAGGAUGUUUCAAGGCUAAAAUACUGCACUUCAACUAAAAGGUCUCGACAAUAAGAAAAAACUUUGUGCAAGAUUACGUGUGUGACGUGCUUAUGAUUUUAC